AUCCUCCUGUUUCAUCAUAGAAAACUAGAGAAUACGGCCAUCAAGAUAAUUUUUAAAUAUGAUUUGGAAUUCAAGUGUUGACUAACGAGUUACCUUUUAUGGAAUGAUCGAUUUCGACUUUGAGACUAUCGAUAACAUAACAUUGGGACUGUCAGUGCAAAACGUAAACAUGAACCAAGAUAAUAGCAGUAUGCAAAUGGACCCAAAACUGGCGCUGCGUCUUCUCGCCGAGGGGGCCGUGCUCGCCAUUACUGGAGUGCCUGUGGGUACCGAAUUCGGCAUUGAUUUGUGUGCAUAUACCAUAGGUCCCGAUUUUCGGGGCGUUAAGAUGAUCCCGCCCGGCCUGCACUAUGUGUGGUGUGCAUCGCGUGGACCUUACGGCGAUACAGCACCACGUGUGGGCUUCGCUCACUAUUUUCAAAUCAACGAAAUUGUCGUGCGCGAAUGGGAUCACGAUCUAGAGGAGCUACGCCCGCGCAAAAUAGCCGAACCAGAAGUGGAGCGCGAACGUAUACGUAAGAAUCUGCCACAGUUGGAGCGUUUGUUGGCACCCUACGAUUAUCGCUAUGUGUGCCAAUGGAAAGACCUAACCGGCAGCGUAACAGAAUCCUGCGUCGAACGCUGUCAGCCAGCCCUAGGCACUAUACGCACCAACAUUGAAUUACAAUCAUGCCCAGAUGCGGAGAGACCACGUGGCGGUGUCGCCGGUAGCAUUAGUAGCAGACGUAACGUAGCCCACAAACUGAUGCUGGACGAGAACGACUUACUGCCCGAUUUGAAGCCAGUGGAGGGUACAGCGCCACGUUUCACCCCCGUGCCCGCACGGGUGCCGUCGAAUGCUCCACCGGCGGAUGUCUCAAGACAUGCUAUAGACUGCAUAGACGCCGUUGAUGCAUUGCUCGAAAGUUUCAAUACUGUCGAUGCACUCAUCGAGGAGUUGCAACUGGCCUUUGUUUUCUUUUUGGUAGGAUAUUCGGUCGAAUCACUGGCCCACUGGCGAAAAAUCCUUGCCCUGCUCGCUCACUCGGAGUCGGCGGUAGGUAAACACAAAUUGUGUUACAUGAAAUAUAGCGAAGUGUUGGCCCAUCAAUUGCCGCAUUUACCUGAGGAGCUAAUCCCGCCCAGUGAGCGUAAUACCGUGUACAAAGAUGUACGGGAGCUGCUUGUAAAUCUGCAUGCGGGUGGCUUGAGCGUGAGCGCAGAGCGUCUGAUGAAACGCCUAAGUAAGGAGCUGCACUGGCAAUUUGAGGGAUUGCUUGAUGAAGACCCCGAUGAACAGCCGGUGGUUAUUGAAUUGCGCGAUGAAGAGCUUCCCGCCUUAACGCAAUGAAUGCUGCGUUCGCAAAUAGCUCCAUAAAUCGCGUGCUGUGCGUAUACUGACCAUAAACUGACACAGUUUGGUCUCUAUCAAGCAGAGUAUGAUGAACUUAGCGCGUUUGUCCUUAAGUAUCGACUGCAAAUAGGAGGCACAUAAAAUACGGAUAUUAUACUCCAAAAAAAGGAACAAUUACACACUCACCUCCUCAGUGUUCUCUGGACCAUGCUCGACAACGCUCCAAAGAUCCUCGGAUUCCAAAUAGGCGCGCACUGUCAUCGACCAUGCCUUGUAAUUGUCCAGACCUUUGAGCUUCUCGAUUUGUAACUGCAAUGCCAUGUCUUGCUGCGGCUCCAGACGUUUCACAAAUAAAUCGUUACCCGUUCUUUCUAUGCCCAUUUUUCAGCCUGUCUCUGGUUGUCGAUUUUGUGUUGGUAGAUUUUCAAAUAUAGAUAUAAGUGUAAAUACAGUAAAGAUUCGCUAAUAGCUAACUAAUAUAUUUUAUAAACCAUUAAUUUAUUCUGUUUGACUGUUAUUCGGCUUGAAAA